AUGUAUAAUACAUCGUACAAUAGCCCUUGUGGCAUGAAAUGCUGUAUUCCCGAGUGUCAGAGCAAACGAAAGGACGACUCAGCACUUACUCCGAGAAGCUACUUUUCAUUUCCCAAGGAUAGUUCUAGAUGUACAACUUGGUUGGAAAAAUGCAAUUGCAAAUCGUUAAUGUCUAUUGAUCCUGUUAUUCUGAACAGAAAAUACAGACUUUGUUCUUUGCAUUUUGAAGACAAAAUGUUUAGUAACUAUCAAAAAAAUAGAAUUAAAUCUGAUGCCAUUAAUCUAUUCUGUGAUACAACCAUGUAUGUGCUCUAA